AUGCAGCCAGCCUCACAGAUCACGGCUGUGGCUUUCUUCCUGGUGCAGUACUUCCUUACCAACAAGUUCCUCCUCGCCGAAGCCAAUGAACAUGCAUCUGGAUACCAGCCCCUUUGGUCAAACUCAUUCGGCGUGCCGUUCGUGAACGCCACUUACGAUUAUGUAAUUAUCGGCGGAGGAACGGCAGGUCUUGCAGUAGCGUGGAAGCUCGCCCUGAGCGGGAAAUACGAAGUUGCGGUCGUUGAGGCGGGAGGAUUCUACGAACAGGACAAUGGCAAUGGCAGUGUGAUCCCUGGGCUGGCUCCGUUGCAGCAUUUGGGUUGGAACUCGAAUCAUCCGGCUCCUUUGCUGAUUGAUUGGGGAUUCGUGACGGAGCCGCAGAAGGGCUUGGAUGAUAGGAGUCUGUUUUAUGCUCGUGGUAAGACGUUGGGUGGGAGCAGUGCCAGAGCUCAUGGGGCGUUCAUGCGAGGAACGAAGGGCACAUAUCAAAAAUGGGCAGAAGAAGCCGGCGAUCCAUCGUACGAGUUCGAGCAGUUGCUGCCAUACUUCAAGGAUAGCUGCACACUCACGGCUCCUAACCACGCCAAGAGGUGGCCACCGAAUGGCAGUGUCCUUUUCGAUGAAGCAGCCUAUGCAACGACCACGCCAGGACCACUGCAGAUAUCUUGGCCGAACUGGGCGAUACCCUUAGGCACUUGGGGAGCCUCUGGCUUCCAGAGCAUUGGUUUGAGCCACUCCAAGACUGGCUUUAGCUCUGGCAUACUCGAGGGUCAUGGAUGGAUUCCUGGGACGAUCAAUCCAGUAGAUUCGCAUCGAAGCUCUUCGCAGAGUAGCUUUCUGAAGGAUGCUAUGCUUAAGACGUCGUUGAAGGUGUACACUCGCGCUCAGGCAACGAAGAUCUUGUUCGAUCAGACGACGGCGACGGGUCUUGAAGUGCGGACGGAAGGGGUUGCGUAUAGUCUUUCUGCUCGCAAGGAGGUGAUAUUGUCUGCUGGGGCUUUCCAGUCUCCUCAUUUGCUCAUGCUUUCUGGCAUUGGGCCGAGCAAUCAUCUUCGGUCCCAUGGAAUACCUGUUGUGCAUGAUCUACCAGGGGUCGGACAGAACUUGCACGACAAGACCUAUGUCGGGACUGGAUUUCGGGUAAACGUCGAGACCUCAUCAUCUCUCGUCAACUCUCCACAAUACGCGGCAAAGGCAGCACGAGACUUCCUCAACAGCCAAACUGGUCCUCUCACGAACGGACCUGCAUAUGUUGCUUUUGAGCGUUUGCCAUCAUCGUCCUUGUCUCCCUCAGCUCAGGCAGCUCUUCAGAACAACUUCAGCCCAGAUGGGCCACACGUAGAGUAUCUCAUCGAAAACGGCUUUUCGGGAAACAACUCCGAUUAUUUGACUGCCGACCCGAAGGACGGAUACAACUACGGCACCAUCAGCGCAGCCAUCUCCACCACGCUCUCUCGAGGCAACAUCUCCCUUCGCAGCAACGACCCAUUGCAGCCUCCCGUGAUCAAUCCCAACUACUACAGCAACCCCAUCGACAUGGAACUCGCCAUAAUCGCUUUCAACCAAGUGCGCAAGAUCUGGGCUGGCAUGGCCAACGUGACGAUCGGACCUGAAUACUACCCAGGCACCGCGGCUGUGUCGACGGACAGCGAGAUCGAGAGGUACAUCCGGCAGAACAGUAUCAUGAUCUGGCAUGCUAGCGCGGCGUGCAAGAUGGGUAUGGCGAAUGAUUCGAUGGCGGUGGUGGAUUCGAAAGCCAGGGUGUUCGGGGUGAAAAGAUUGAGGGUCGUGGAUGUGAGUGCGUUUCCGUUCUUGCCGCCGGGACAUCCUCAGGGGACGGUGUAUGCUUUGGCGUUGAAGAUUGCGGAUGAUAUCUUGCGAGAUGCUGAGGUGGAUUCGUAG